AUGAGGCAUUGGUCACCGUGGCGGUGCGUGGGAGCGGCAGCGGCAACAGGAGCACUCAUUCACCGCCGGCAGUUCAUUGCGGACGGUCUCUAUGAUUGCCGUGCUGGGGCUGCUGGGAAAGACGACACUUCAAAGUACCGCCUUCCGCUUAGGCGUGCCCUUCACUUCGUUGAAAAAGGAAGACAGCUUGCUGGAGCCGUCGUCGAGAGAGAAGGAGGUGGUGGUGAGGCCCUGCCCAGCAACAGGGAAGGAUCUUUGCUUCAUGAGGAUGCUGCACGUUACGCUGCCUACCACUGUCACCAUAUGCUGACAUCAUUUCGUGCGGAGCGGCGGCAGUGGACAAAAUUAAAGGAGUUCUCCUUUGACGAAUUCACACGUGUAAUGGAGUACUUGUUUUUUGCGGCUCUCCUACUGCACCUCACCGCGCUCUAUGAGACGGCGGACAAGUACUGCGAGGCGCUGAUUGACGUUGCAAUGUCUUGUACAAUUUUUCUUUCUAAAGACGCCGACGGACUACAUCAUGCUGAUAUGCUUCGACAGGGCCGUAGCAAAAGUACUGAUGCGAAGGUGGCGUAUUUGUCUAACGGGGAGGAAUUCGAGGCAAGAGACGAGCCGUGGAAUUCAUUACACUGGGCGAUAGUGCACUUUAGUCGCGGUGUCUUUGCCUGGGGUCUUCUGGACCACACAGAGCUCUUGUUUGACAUGAAGCGGACCAUGAAGCCUUACUCCGGAAUGGUUCGAACAUUUGCGAAAAUCAUCUGUGAGCGUCUUGCUGGGAUGAGUCUGUCUGCCGAAGAUCUGGCAUUUUUGUCUUGCCUCUCAACGGAAGAGGGAGCUGGCAAAUGGCUUGGAACUGCAAACAUCUCUGCAGUCUCUUCAACGGAUGUUUUUGCACGUGCUGAUAAAAAUAUUGUGGAAGCAACGCUUCAUUUUGCCCAGCAGCGCCGUCUGCAGAUUUUGCCGCUUAUGUGGAUGGCGCUACUGACUCGUCACUCCGCCAUAAUUGGGGCACCGCGUUGUUUCCAGCCUGCGCGUCACGCCCUGUUGAACGCAAUUCCACUUUUUCAAGAGGAAGCCGAGGCGGACACUGCACUGAAGCUUCUUGCGCAGUGCUGUUACUUCCCAUCAUCCUCGCUUUUAAAGGCAAGCUCUGUCGAAGUGGGCGUUCUCCUCUCUCAAAUGGAGCGGCACGGGGUGUUCUCUUCGUCAGAAUUUAUGCUUGUGGAGUUACUCCAAGCGUGGAUGCGCGUGGAGGCCCCAGAAGAGUUGUCUCCGUCUGUGAAGUCCGCUUAUGGGGCGUACAUGGCUUUUCGAAACAUUCCCCGCUGCGCUCUUCGGGUGGUGGGAAAGCCAUACACCGCCAAAAGCGAUGGCGAGGCCUUUGUGCAUGAACUUUUGUUCCAUGCUUUGGUGCAGUGGUCAUCUUGCCUGUCGGUUAGGGCACCGUUUCACAGGGAGGUUGAGGAGCUUUUGAUAUCUGCGCGUUAUGUGGCGUCAUUGUUUGACUCUAUUAGGCAGCAUGGGAAGGAUCGAGAUAGUGUGGGUGCCGCAGUACUUGUUGUUGAGGCGACGUUUCGUGCCUUUGCCGUGCGGGUGGCAGACAUUUGCACCCGGGGCAGAUUGGUAGAGAGUAUGUCACCGUCUGAUUUAGCGGAGUUUGAUCGUCUUGUGGACCAUGUGUUGCGGGAGGGAACUGAGGGAAGCGUGGGGGGCUGUGUGCCUCACUGUACGAAGGAAACCGGCAACUGUGGAUUUACAGUACGCGGCGGAAUGGAUCUUGAGAAACUGACUUGCUAUGUACAUUUCUUCAUCUUUUUCAUUUGA